AUGGAUUACUCAGAAAGAGUAAACUCAAAAAAGGGGGCCGGAAGUGUGGCAGACUUUCAGGAAGCCAAUGUCCAUACUAAAAGAAGAUUGAAAGAAUUACUCACCACGCAAGUUUUAGAUCUUGAUAAUGACCCUUACGUAUUUCGAAACCAUUUGGGACUCUUAGAAUGUAAGCUUUGUUUGACCACUCAUGUGAGUGAGAGCUCAUACAUAUCUCAUUUGGGAGGAAGAAAGCAUCAGAUGAACUUAGAAAAGCGUCGGAUUCUCGAUGAAAGACUAAAUAAGAAAUUAGUCCCGACAGCGAAUGUCAUCAGUAUCAAUAAUACUCCCAAGAGAAGCUGGAGAAAGAUUGGAAAGCCCUCUUACAAUGUUACAAAGAUCCGCGAUCCCCAAACCCUACAAAUGGGCCUUUUAUUUCACGUUAAGUAUCCCAAAAUAACUACUGAAGAGCCAUUCUUCAGGUUUAUGUCUUACUAUGAGCUUUCUACGAAGAACCAAAAUGUUGUUGUAUCAUACCUUGAUAGAACUUCUGAUGAGUCUGAAGAGAUAGAUGGCCAAAAAUUACAAUACUUGGUGCUAAGUGCGGAGCCAUACGAAAAUAUAUGCUUUAUAAUCCCUAGCCAUAGUGAAAUAGACAAACCAGAUGAUUCUAAUGAAAUGUCUACGGGGUAUUGGUGGUAUUGGGACAAGGAUACAAAGGAAUUCUAUCUUCAAUUCUUAUAUAAAUAG